CAGAGUUUGCACCUGCUUGUCUGUUCCUGGUGCGUCAAUCCAAGAAACCGAUCACUCUUUGCAGCAAGUAGAAGUUCCCUGGAAUCCCUCUUUCGCAUCACCUGCUGCAGGAAAAGCUUCAGGGCUACACGAGAAACUUCAGCAAAGGGAGGUGUAGUCCAGCCUGCCACGCACCAGGAUGCUCCUGAAAGCCGCUUGCCUGCUCCUCUCCUGCCUCUUGCUCUGCUCAGCAGAUCAGUAUCAGCAGGAGGCAGAGAGAAUCAUGACAACAUCACCUGUGAUAGAUGGGCACAAUGACUUACCUUGGCAGUUGCUGAGCGAAUUCAACAACCAGCUGUCUCUGAAGUCUGCAAAUCUGACCACGCUGAAUGGCACUCACACAAACAUCCAGAAGUUGCGUCUUGGACACGUGGGAGCACAGUUCUGGGCUGCCUAUGUGCCCUGCGAAACCCAGAACAAAGAUGGUGUCAAGAGAACCUUAGAGCAGAUUGACGUCAUCCAUCGCAUGUGUCACCACUACCCAGAUGACUUUGAGUGUGUCACUAGCAGUAAAGGUAUCCGGGAUGCUUUCACCAGUGGACGGGUGGCCAGUCUGAUUGGCGUGGAGGGUGGACACUCGAUAGACAGCAGCAUGGCUGUCCUGCGCACCUUCUACCAGCUAGGGGUGCGCUACAUGACCCUCACCCACAGCUGCAACACACCCUGGGCUGAUAACUGGCUGGUGGACACCCGGGAGGAGAAACCAGUUCACAAUGGCUUGACUGAAUUUGGGAAGCGCUUGGUCAGGGAGAUGAACCGUCUGGGAAUGAUGGUGGAUUUGGCUCAUGUCUCUGUGAAGACAAUGAAAGACGCUUUGAAUGUCUCCAGAGCACCUGUGAUAUUCAGCCACUCCUCAGCCUAUGCCAUCUGCGCACACCGGCGCAAUGUGCCAGACGAUGUCCUCCGUGAAGUGAACAGGACCCGUGGCCUUGUGAUGGUGAACUUCUACAACACCUAUGUGUCAUGUAGCUCCAAAGCCAACCUUACACAGGUUGCAGACCACAUGGACUACGUAAAGCGUGUUGCUGGACCAGAGGCAGUUGGCUUUGGAGGAGACUAUGAUGGUGUUCCCAGUGUCCCAGAUGGUCUGGAAAAUGUCUCCAAAUACCCAGACUUAGUUGCAGAGCUGCUGAGGAGGAACUGGACAGAGAAGGAAGUGAGAGACGCCCUCGCCAACAACCUGCUGCGGGUCUUUGAGAGUGUGGAGCAGGUGCGGGACACAAUGGCCCGUGAAAAAAUAGUUCCUGAUGAUGAACCCAUUGACUUUGAGAACUUGGAGGGGACAUGCCGAACAGACUAUGGGUACCGUAGCAAUGGGGACCAUCCCAAACUGCUGCCUGCUGUGCUCACACUCCCUGUCCUCCUCACGUUGCGCUGGUAGAAGCUCCAGCACCCGCCCUGUCUUGGUGACUUCAUGGAA